AUGAGCUCGCCAUUGCAAUUACCAGCCUGGAAAAAGCUCCAGGCCAUCUACGAGGAUUACGGAAAAACCUACUCCACUCGUGAUGCUUUCGCUUCUGACCCAGAGAGAUUCGCCAAGUUCUCCCACACUUUUGAGAACUUUGAUGGGUCUCAGAUUCUGUUCGAUUUCUCCAAGAACCUGAUCGACGAGAAGAUCCUCAGCGCUCUUGUCGAGUUGGGAAAGGAGGCCAAAGUCGAGAAGCUCAGAGACGAGAUGUUUGCUGGUGACCAUAUCAACACCACAGAGGACAGAGCCGUCUACCACGUUGCCCUUAGAAACAGAGACCUGAACGCCAUGUACGUUGACAACGUCAAUGUCACUCCAGAGGUCGACUCUGUGCUGCAGCACAUGAAGGUUUUCUCUGAGCAGGUGAGAUCAGGAGAGUGGAAGGGUUACACCGGAAAAGAAAUAACCGAUAUUGUGAAUAUCGGAAUCGGAGGCUCGGACUUAGGUCCCGUCAUGGUCACCGAGGCAUUAAAGCCAUACGCUCACCCAAGACUGUCGGUGCACUUUGUUUCCAACGUCGAUGGUACCCAUAUUGCCGAGACUUUGAAGAAGUGUGACGCAGAGACCACCUUGUUCUUGGUUGCUUCCAAAACUUUCACCACUGCUGAAACUUGUGCCAACGCAAACACCGCCAAGAACUGGUUCUUGCAAAGGGCCAAGGACCAGGCACACAUUGCUAAGCACUUCGUCGCUCUCAGUACCAACGCUUCUGAGGUCGCCAAGUUCGGUAUCGACACCAAGAACAUGUUUGGUUUCGAGAACUGGGUUGGUGGAAGAUACUCUGUGUGGUCUGCCAUUGGAACCUCUGUGUGUUUGUACAUUGGUUUCGAGAACUUUGAGAAGUUCUUGAAAGGUGCUCAAGCUGUUGACCACCACUUCAAGAACACUCCUAUCGAGAAGAACAUUCCAUUUAUUGGUGGACUGUUGACAGUUUGGUACAACAACUUCCACGGCGCUCAAACCAAGUUGGUUGCACCAUUUGAUCAGUACCUGCACAGAUUCCCAGCUUACUUGCAACAGCUGUCCAUGGAAUCCAAUGGUAAGUCUGUUACAAAGGACUCCAAGUUUGUCAACUACGAGACCGGAAUCGUGAUGUUUGGAGAACCAACCACCAACGCCCAGCAUUCCUUCUUCCAAUUGGUGCACCAAGGUACCAAGCUCAUUCCAACCGACUUCAUCCUGGCCGCCAAGUCCCACAACCCUAUCGAAGGUAACUUGCACCAACGGAUGCUUGCUUCCAACUUCUUUGCCCAGGCCGAGUCUUUGAUGCUUGGAAAGACGAAGGAGCAGGUCGAGGCCGAGGGAGUCAAGGGCGACCUUGUUCCCCACAAGAUGUUCUCGGGUAACAGACCAACCACCUCGAUUCUGGCGCAGCUGAUCACUCCAGCCACUCUUGGAUCUCUGAUUGCUUACUACGAGCACGUGACUUUUGUCGAGGGAGCCAUCUGGGGUAUCAACUCUUUCGACCAGUGGGGUGUGGAGCUCGGAAAGGUUCUUGCCAAGGUGAUUCUGAACGAGCUCGACAACGACAAGCCAGUGGAAAGCCACGACGCCUCGACCAGAAACUUGAUCAACCAGUUCAAGAAAUGGGCUUAG